AUGGUUGAUACUCACAUUGUCCCAAUGACAAUGAUAUGUUUGAUGAUCGUAGCAUUAUGGCCGAAUCCUUAUGAUACAUCACCGACUGGAAUAAAACUAAAAUUAAUUUGGAUUGAAUUGCCACUAAAACCUCAAACAAAUAAUAUUUUUGUAUUUUGCAUAAAUCAACGUGAUCAACAUGAAAUUUUAAUUGAAUUUACAAAAGAUGGUUUCUUUACGAAAGCCAUAAAACAACCAAAAAUAUGGUUCAAAUGUUUUGAAUUCAAACAACUAUCCGAUAACGAUUCUAAUUCAUUCUUGUAUGAAAUAAGGUCAAAUGGCAUCCCAAUGAACGAAAGUGAUUUAUUAAAUUGCCAGUUAAAUCAAAAAUUUGACCCGCAAAAUCCAACAUCAUUGCCUUUAUUUGACUAUAUUCAACGGAUAUUAUCGACUGGUGUUGUAAUCGACAAAUUUAAAUACGAGAAUCGUUAUGAUAUUCAAGUUAUCCAUCGCCAACGUAUCUUUUAUCUCGACGACAGACUUGCUGGAACAUGUAAUUAA